GCGGGCCCCACUGUGGGACUCUGGGCAGGGACACCCCCUCUCUGGGGUCCUGGAGAGCCUGGCGGCGGCAAGAAAGAGACCUCUGUGAGCUCUGGCUCCGUGGGGCUGGAGGCCCUGGGGGCUGAGGGACGGCGGGCCAUGGGCAUGCUGCCUGCCCUCCGCCCUGCCUGGGUAUCGUCUUUCUCCUUCCUCCUCUGGACUUUGUUUCCCGAGCCCAGGUGGAGCCCGGGAGGAGGGGUGCACCUGCUUUCCCCUGGCAGGGCCCUGUCCCCUGGCAACCUGUGGGCGGGGCGGCACUGGGCGUCUCUGCGCCUGUCGGCAGGUCGGAGCCAGGCUCAGGGGCCGCUGGGGGCCAGGAGCCCGCAGAACCACAGCCUUUACAAGCAAGUUGGCCAAGAGACAGCCGAUGACAGUGCAGCUCUGACGGAACCGAGGGUGGACGCAAGGACCGGGCUGCUUGGAGAGCUGGGAACGGCCAGUCUUUUCUCCUCGGCUGCGGAAGGGGACACCCAACUCGCUGCUGAGCCGGGCUGCAGAUGCUGCUCAGACAACAGGCUGCAAGGGCACACGCUCUGCCUCUGCCCCUCUGCUGGGGCAAUUCGGGGGGGUGCUCCCUGGAGGAGGUGUCCUGCAGGCUGCCGUGAGCCGGGAGCACCUCCGCCCCUGGGAGCCUCAGGGAGCUGAGACCCCCAGGACAUGGACCGAGUGACCAGAUACCCCAUCUUCAGCAUCGCUCGCUCACCUCGCCUGGCUGGCUUGGACCCCGGUGGGGACACCAGCUAUACGUCUGAGGUGGUGGAUGUGGGGCCAGAGGCCAGCGGCUGGAGCCAGGACAAGCCACAGGCGUGGCCCACAGAGGCUCGACUGAAUGCAGCCAGGACGGGGGCGUCCUCUAGCCCACGCGCCUUCGCUGGCCGGUCAUCCCCGUGGACGCUCUGGCAGGAGGGUCACAAGGAUGAGGAGGCGAAGGCCUGCCACCUGGACGCCAGGGACGCCCAGCCUCGGCGGCCAGGGGACCUGGAGCAGGAACGCUGGGUGGUCAUCCAGGGCCAGGCCCUCAGGAAGAGCAGCACGGUGGCCACGCUCCAUGGAGCCCCUGGCCCCCCGGACCCCAGCAGCCCCCAGGCACAGCCUGGGCCCCCGGAGGAGAGCGCCGUGGACAGGGAGCAGAUUGACUUCCUGGCGGCGAGGCAGCAGUUUCUGAGCCUAGAGCAGGCCUGCGCCGGGGGCCCUCUGCACCCUGUGGCUCCCGUGGCUCCUGCUCGUGCUCCACCUGGCGGCGGUCAGGCCCCCAGGGCCUCAACUGGGCCGCUCCGGGGCAGCUUGUGUGCUGUCCCGCCGCACCCCCAGGAGAGGGAGGUGCUCCCGCCAGAGAAGAGGGUCGGGGGCCUUCCGGCUGCAUCUGGCGUCCAGCCUGCGCAGGACGCAGCCUCCCUGGCCCAGGCGGGGUCCCCGCAGCUCCCCAAGGAGACCCCCAUCGAGCGGGAGAUCCGGCUAGCCCAGGAGCGGGAAGCGGACCUGCGAGAGCAGAGGGGGCUGCAGCGGGCGAGCAGCCAGCAGGAGCUGGUGGAGAUCCCCAGGCGGCCGCUGCUGCUGACCUCGGUGAACCUGACCGCGGCGCCACGGCGGGAGCGAGGGCGCCCGUCCCUCUACGUGCAGCGGGACUUGGCGCAGCGGACGCGGCGGGAGGAGGACCACCGGCGGCGGGAGGUGUCGGCGCCCAUGCAGUCUGGGCUCCGGCGAGCCUUCAGCUCGGACUCCAUCCUGGACCUGGCCUCCGCCGGCGGCGCGGCUGACCCCGGCCCCCGGGUGAGGAAGGUGAACCGCAUCCCGGCGGACGCCUACGAGCCGUUCCUGCGCGCUGGCAGCCGGGGCGUCCCCGCCGUCCAGGCGCGCGCCCAGCCCCGCGGUCUCUCUGCGGACGAGGCCGGGGCUGCGGGCUCCGUCGGGGCCGCGGGGUCUCCGAGGCGGCCCUUGGAGGCCCCUGGAACCGCCCCCGGCACGCAGCGCGAGUACCCACGGGCCCCCCAGGGGCGCGGGCUAGCGCCCGGGGGUGUCGUCCGCUGGGAGUAUUUCCACCUGAGCCCGCUGCGGUUCCGGGUCCCUGAUGUGCCCCCGCGGGCCGAGGGCCCCGGUGGCCGAGGCUGGGAGGCGGGGGACACCCCAGCGCCGGGGCGGCCAAGGCCCCCGUCGUCGGAGCUGCUGGAGCGGGAGGUGGAGAGCGUCCUGCGGCGCGAGCGGGAGGCGGCGGCGGAGCGGCGCACUGCCCUGUUCCCCGAGGUGUUCUCCCCGCCCCCCGUCCACGACGACGACCAGGACUCCGGGAGCUCCUCCGCGGCCUCGGGCAUCACGGGCAGCUACACAGUGUCGGAGACCCACUUCUUCAGCCCGGUCCACCUGCACUCGGGCCUGGUGUGGACAGCGGAGGCCCCCGCCAACACGGCUCCGGAGCAGAGAAGGAAGGAGCAGCGGUAUGCCGGCAUCAGCGCCUCAGACCGCAUCGACUCGGAGGUCCUAGAAGCCACGCGGGUGACCCACCACAAGAGUACCAUGGCGAGGCGCUGGGAAGCGGGCAUCUAUGCCAGUGAGAGCCAGGACUGAGCAGGGGACAAGACGCCCUUGCCCGCACCCUGCCCGUGGGCGCUGCUGGGACCGUCCCCGGAGCCCCUGCCCCUCAGGACAUAGGUCCCUGUGGGAACCCACCACUGGUCGACCACGGGUCCCGAGCUGCCAGUCCAAGGGUGGCUGUGUUUUCAGAUGGAGGGUUUUCCUUCCUGUUUUUAUCGUCCUGGAGCAGUUGCUCUGCUUUCUGUAUCUAAAGCUGGGGAUGAAGUGGGA